GAGACAGUUAUGUAAUGCAUUUGGAAUUUUACCCCUAGACUAUUGUUCUCAAAGAUAUAGACGGACCCGUCAUAAUCUAGUCUGAUAUAACCUAUUCUAGUUGAUAAGGGACCACUGUACCACAUAACAGCCGAUAGCCUUAAUAGCUGAUGCUAUGUCUCAAUUCCUCAUCGGCAAGAACGGGACUGAAUCACCCGAACCUGUCAAAGCAGAAGUAACAGGAUGUGUCCCUGAGUGGCUACAAGGGACAUUGCUGCGCAAUGGGCCUGGUCUUUUUAAAGUGGGAGACACUGAAUACAACCACUGGUUUGAUGGCAUGGCCUUAAUUCAUAGUUUCACCUUCAAAGAUGGUGAGGUGUACUACAGGAGUAAAUUCCUGAGGAGUGACACCUUCAAGAAAAACACUCAGGCAAACAAGAUUGUUGUGUCAGAAUUUGGGACCAUGAUCUAUCCCGAUCCCUGCAAAAACAUAUUUUCAAAAGCCUUCUCCUACCUUCUCGCUGCCAUCCCUGACUUCACAGAUAACAACCUGAUAAACAUCAUUAGAUAUGGGGAGGACUACUAUGCCUCAUCAGAAGUCAACUACAUGAAUCAAAUUGACCCAAUGACCCUGGACGUAAUUGGAAAGAUGAACUACAGGAAUCACAUUGCUCUGAACAUGGCGACUGCACACCCUCACUACGACGAUGAGGGAAACACCUAUAAUAUGGGAACUGCCCUCAUGAGGUUUGGCAUGCCCAACUAUGUCAUCUUCAAGGUUCCAGUAAAUGCAUCAGAUAAGGAGCAUAAGAAGCCUGCCCUGCGGAAGGUGAAGCAGGUCUGCAAUAUACCGUUUCGCUCUACCCUCUUCCCCAGCUACUUCCACAGCUUCGGCAUGACAGAGAAUUACAUAAUCUUUGUCGAGCAGCCAUUCAAACUGGACAUCCUCAGACUGGCCACAGCUAUAUUUAGACGCGUCAACUGGGCCAGCUGCCUCAAAUACAACAAAGAGGACAUUACGCUGAUCCACCUGAUCGACAAGAAGACUGGGAAGGCUGUGUCCACCAAGUUCUACACAGAUGCCCUGGUGGUUUUCCACCAUAUCAACGCCUACGAGGACGACGGCCAUGUAGUGUUUGACAUGAUCACCUAUAAAGACAGCAAUCUGUAUGAAAUGUUCUACUUAGCAAACCUGAGAAAGGAAACCCAUGAAUUCAUUGAGAGCAACAAGGUCAACUUCUCCCCACCAAUCUGCCAGAGAUUCGUCUUGCCUCUCGCUGUUGACAAGGAUACUCCAAAGGGAACACAUUUGGUGAGGCUCAAAGACACAACAGCCAAAGCAGUGAUGCAGAGAGAUGGCUCGCUGUAUUGCCUGCCUGACACAAUAUUUGAAGGUUUGGAGUUGCCAGGGAUAAACUACAAAUUCAAUGGCAAGAAGUACCGUUAUUUCUAUGGCUCAAGAGUGGAGUGGACUCCACAUCCAAAUAAGAUUGGGAAGGUGGACAUCGUUACCAGAAAGUACAUUGAGUGGACAGAGGAGGACUGCUACCCCUCUGAGCCUGUGUUUGUUGCCUCACCAGGAGCUGUGGAGGAGGAUGACGGAGUCAUUUUGUCCUCAAUCGUCUCAAUCAAUCCAAAGAAAUCCCCCUUCAUGCUUGUCCUUAAUGCCAAAACCUUUGAGGAAAUUGCUCGUGCCUCAAUCGACGCCAGCAUUCACAUGGAUCUGCAUGGACACUUCAUUCCCACACAGAGCACCAACUGACAUAGCCAGCAGAGGGCAGGAUUGUACCUUAACAUUGUAGAGGGCAAAGUAUUGUUCCCAACCAUGUAAAGUCGAUGUCCGUGCCCCCAUGGAAAUUCAAUGAGCAUAAUUAGCAUAAUAAACUAAAAUUCCCAUCAAAAUCCUUCUGUUUAAAGUAGAGAUAUCUGUUUUGCGUGGGCUGCGUCUCAAUCCACCACAUCCGCAUCUGCGGUAGGUGGCAGAGCUACAAGAUCAUGUCUAGAUGGGAUACAGAUUUUGUCAAAUAGACAUCUAAGGUGAUUAUUUUUGGAUUUUAUCUAACACUAACCCCUCUCCUAACCUUAACCUAAUUCUCCUAACCUGCUACUUUAAUUAUCCUCACCUACUGUGUAAGUUCUAAAUCUGAUACGAAAAGUAAAUCUGUUUUUCCAUGUAUGAAUCUGUUAUUCAAUGUGUUUGUAAUGGCUAAUAGCAGUAAGACCAAAUUCAAUGUU